CUGUCAGCCCAUGUGGCGUGGCCAGACAGAACGUGAGCUAUUUAAAUUCAUCAGAGAGAAAGAUUCAAAGAAGCACGAAGACUGACGUUAACUUUGCACAAGGAAACGACAGAGAUAGACUUUCCUUCUAACCGUUAACGUUACAGUUGGAGGAACACCACCGUGGACCAGCAUAGGACAGUUAACGGAAACAACCAGAAGAAUACAUGCCAAACAGCCGCUGACAUUUCACCAAGUGGCUCGAUUUCGUGAAUUUCUAGGGACAUCAGAUCGGUCUUGGCAGCACAGUAAUUCAGCAUGGAUGAGAUUGUCAUAGCAGGGAUAUCGGGCCGUUUGCCUGAGUCUAACAACCUGGAGGAAUUCUGGGAAAACCUCAUCAAUGGUGUGGACAUGGUGACAGAGGACAACCGGCGGUGGACACCAGGUCUGUAUGGUCUGCCAAAAAGAAAUGGUAAACUGAAGGACAUCAGCCACUUCGAUGCGGCCUUCUUCGGAGUCCACCCCAAACAAGCCAACACCAUGGACCCCCAGCUCCGUCUCAUGCUUGAGAUUGCCUAUGAGGCAAUUGUAGACGGAGGACUGAACCCGACCACACUGCGCGGCAGUAAGACGGGUGUCUACAUCGGGGUGAGUGGCUCGGAGGCUGGCGAGGCGUUCAGUCGAGAUCCAGAGGAGCUGCUUGGCUACAGCAUGACUGGCUGCCAGCGCGCCAUGUUGGCCAACAGACUCUCCUACUUCUUUGACUUCAGCGGCCCCAGCACUGCCAUUGACACAGCCUGCUCCUCUAGCUUGCUGGCUUUAGAAAAUGCCUUCCAUGCCAUUCGCCAGGGCCAUUGUGAUGCCGCUCUGGUUGGGGGAGUCAACCUGCUGCUCAAGCCAAACACCUCAGUGCAGUUCAUGAAACUGGGCAUGCUCAGUCCUGAUGGGACCUGCAAAUCUUUUGACUCAUCAGGAAAUGGAUACUGCCGUUCUGAGGCAGCAGUGGCAGUCCUGCUGACCAAGCGGUCCGCGGCUAAAAGGGUCUACGCUACAGUGAUCAAUGCUGGCAACAACACAGAUGGAUACAAAGAGCAGGGUGUAACGUUUCCAUCAGGUGAGAUGCAGAAGAGGCUGGUUCAUUCUCUCUAUCAGGAAGUGAAUAUAACUCCUGAGCAGGUGGAGUAUAUUGAAGCCCACGGCACUGGAACAAAGGUUGGCGACCCACAGGAAGUGAACGGCAUUGUCAGUGUGUUCUGUCAAUCAAAGCAAGAGUCUCUGCUUAUUGGCUCCACUAAGUCUAACAUGGGCCAUCCAGAACCGGCCUCUGGUCUGGCUGCCCUGGCAAAGGUAUUGCUUUCUUUGGAGAGAGGAGUCUGGGCUCCCAACCUGCACUUCAGCAAUCCUAACCCUGACAUUCCAGCCCUCACCGAUGGUCGGGUUCAAGUCGUUGACCGGCCUAUUCCUGUCCGAGGUGGCAUUGUAGGCAUCAAUUCCUUUGGAUUUGGAGGUUCUAAUGUUCAUGUGAUCCUUCGUCCAGCUGAGAAACCAGCUGAUGCACCUGCACCAUCCAGGACAGUUCCCAGGGUGCUUCAGGCCUGUGGCCGUACGGAGGCUGCAGUGAAUGCCAUACUCCAAAAGGGGAAGGAACACACUGCAGAUGACAGCUUUUUAUCUUUGCUGAAUGAGGUGUCAGGAGUUCCUACUGCCAGCAUGCCCUACCGAGGUUACUCUCUGAUUGGCUCUCAGAGUGACAUUUUGGAAGUACAACAGGUGCAGGCCACUGUCAGGCCGCUCUGGUACAUCUGUUCAGGUAUGGGAACUCAGUGGGCAGGUAUGGGCCGCAGUCUCAUGCAGCUUCCAGACUUCAGAGAGUCCAUCUUGCGGUCAGAUGCAGCCCUGAGGGACACCGGCCUGGUUGUCUCUCGCCUACUCAUGGAGGCAGACGAUGCCACUUUUGAAGACACUGUUCAUGCCUUUGUUGGGCUCGCCGCCAUACAGAUAGCUGAGAUCGACCUGCUCACUAAACUGGGUCUGCAGCCUGAUGGCAUCUUAGGACACUCUGUAGGGGAGCUGGCCUGUGGCUACGCUGAUGGCUCGCUCAGCCACAGUGAGGCCAUCCUUGCUGCCUACUGGAGAGGCCGCUGCAUCAAAGAGGCCAAUCUUCCUCCGGGAGGCAUGGCUGCAGUCGGAUUGACCUGGGAGGAGUGUCUGGCUCAGUGUCCGCAGGGAGUGGUCCCAGCCUGCCACAACGCUGAGGACACUGUCACCGUCUCCGGUCCUCAGGAAGCAAUCAGUAAAUUUGUGUCAGAACUGAAAGAGCAGGGAGUGUUUGCAAAGGAGGUACGCAGCGCUGGUGUCGCUUUUCACUCCUACUACAUGGCCUCCAUAGCUCCAAACCUGCUGGCUGCUCUGAAGAAGGUGAUCAAGGAGCCACGGCAGCGUUCGUCACGCUGGGUGAGCACCAGCAUCCCUCAGUCUGAGUGGGACUCUCCCCUGGCCCUAUACAGCUCAGCUGACUACCAUGUCAACAACCUAGUGAGCCCUGUGCUGUUCCAGGAGGGCCUCAGUCUGGUGCCUGAAAAUGCUGUGGUGGUGGAGAUAGCACCUCAUGCUUUGCUGCAGGCCAUCCUGAAACGUAGCCUGAAGCACUCAUGUUCCAUCCUCCCCUUGAUGAAGAGAGGCCACACCAACAACCUGGAGUUCUUCCUCUCAAACAUUGGCAAAAUAUACAUGAAUGGCAUCAACGUGGAUGGUAACAAACUCUGCCCAUCAGUGAACUACCCCGUGCCAGUCGGUACCCCUCUGAUCUCUCCAUUGGUGCAGUGGGACCAUGCCCAGACCUGGGAUGUCCCCAAGGUAGAGGAUUUUCCAUCUGGCUCAGGAGGAUCCAAUUCUGCCAGCAUCUAUAACAUCAACAUAAAUCCUGAGUCUCCAGACUACUACCUGAUUGGACACUGCAUUGAUGGGCGAAUCCUCUACCCAGCAACAGGUUACCUGGUGCUGGCGUGGCGUACCUUGAUGAGAAAUCUGGGGGUUGUCAUGGAAAUCACCCCUGUUACCUUUGAAGAUGUCACCAUCCACAGGGCCACCAUCCUGCCAAAGACUGGCUCUGUCCAGUUGGAGGUGCGUCUCAUGCCUUCCACCAACAAGUUUGAGGUUUCAGAGAAUGGAAACCUGGCUGUCAGUGGUAAAGUGAGCAUUCUGGAGGAUGCAGCCCUCGAUUCAUUCCGCAGUAAGAUAAGUCAACAAGCUGCUAGCAACAAUGGUGACCUGAAAAUGAAGCUUACGGCACUUGAUAUUUACAAGGAGUUGCGACUGCGCGGCUAUGACUAUGGGAAGACUUUCCAAGGCAUCCUGGAGUCCAACAAUGCAGGAGACAGUGGGAAACUGCAGUGGACAGGAAACUGGGUGACCUUUUUGGACACCAUGCUGCAGAUGAUUGUGGUUGGGCUGUCAGGUCGUAGUCUGCGUUUGCCAACCAGGAUCCGCUCAGUGUGUGUUGAUCCAGCUAUUCAUCAGAGGAAGGUCUGCAAGUACACUGACGGAAAACAAGCUGUGGAUGUACACAUAAACCGUUACCUUGACAACAUUGUUGCUGGUGGAGUCCAGAUCUGCGGUCUGCACGCCACUGUGGCUCCCCGCCGGCAACAGCUGCAGAGUCCCCCCACCCUGGAGGAGUUUGUGUUUGUUCCUUAUGUGGAGACAGAGUGCCUGGCAGCCAAUGAGAAACUUGCAGAGCAGCUGAGGCUCUGCAAAGGUUUAAUCUUCAAACUGCAGCGAAAGUUAGCCCCUCAUGGUGUCAAGCUCUCCAUACCUGGGCUACAAGGGGAGUCAGACAGCCCUCUUCCCAGCCCUGAACCUUCUGAGCCCAGCCUGGUGCGGCUGCUGGGCCUGCUGUGUGGUCUGGAGAUGAAUGGAAACCUUCGAUCUGAACUGGAACAGACUGUGGAGAAGGAGAGGACGUGUCUGCUGCAGGACAGCCUGGUGCAGGGCCUGUUAGACAACCCAGCCCUCAGACACUGCCUGGACACCACCAUAGAAAACAACAUGCCUGGCAAGAUCAAAGUCCUGGAAGCUCUCUCCGAUGAUGGCCAACUCUUCUCUCGCGUGGUAGCUCUCCUCAACAUCCAACCCAUGUUGCAUGUGGAUUACACUGCCACAGCGACCAGCCUGGAUCUUCUGACCCCCCACCAAGCCACCCUGGAAGAGCUGGCUGUCACUUCAGCUCAGUGGGACCCUAUGAUGGGCCCGGCUCCUGGAGGCGUAGUAGGAGGGGCAGAUCUGGUGUUGUGUAACCAUGCCUGUGGCCCUCUAAAGGUGGACCCUGGACUACUGAUGACAAAUCUGGCUUCUGGAGCAAAACAAGGGGGGUUUGUUCUCCUCCACACCCUUCUGAGGGGAGAGACUUUGGGGGAAACCAUUGCCUUCCUCUCCAGCACCGCUCAGGACACUAGCCAGCGAGGACUGCUCACACAGGCUGAGUGGGAGAAGGUGUUCUCUAAGGCCUCCCUUAAUCUGGUGGCUGUCAAGAAGUCUUGUUAUGGCUCGGCCCUCUUUCUGUGUCGUUGUCGGUCUCCUUGCAAACAACCCAUUUUCCUACCUGUGGACAGCACUGACUACAAGUGGGUGGAGACACUCAAGGCGAUAAUGAUGGAGUCAUCAGACUGUCCAGUGUGGUUAACUGCCACUGAAGCUCACUGUGGUAUUGUGGGAAUGGUCAACUGUCUACGGCAGGAGCCAGGUGGCAACCGAAUACGCUGUGCGUUUGUGUCCAAUCUCAACGAGGCUUCAGCAGCCCCAAGCCUCCAGCCAGGCCAUAAGCCCAUGCAGUCAGUGCUAGAGGGUGAUCUGGUCAUGAAUGUGUUCAGAGAUGGACACUGGGGUGUCUUCCGGCACCAGCUCAUCACUCACGAUCUGAAUCAAGAGUUGACAGAGCAGGCUUAUGUUAACGUGUUGACUCGGGGUGACCUGUCUUCUCUGCGCUGGAUUGCCUCCCCACUCCGCCACUUUGUGACUAGCAACCCCAAUGUACAACUGUGCCGUGUCUACUAUAGCUCGCUCAACUUCAGAGAUAUAAUGCUGGCCACUGGCAAACUGCCACCAGAUGCUAUUCCAGGUGACCAAGCUCUGCAGCAGUGCAUGUUGGGUAUGGAGUUUUCUGGUCGUGAUCCCAUCGGUAGACGUGUGAUGGGGCUGCUGCCUGCUAAAGGCCUGGCAACAAGUGUGGAUGCUGACAAACGGUUCCUCUGGGAUGUUCCCUCCAGCUGGACACUGCAGCAGGCAGCUUCCGUGCCAGUGGUCUACGCCACAGCCUACUACUCUCUGGUGGUGCGUGGUAGGCUCCGCCCUGGAGAGACUAUUCUUAUCCACUCUGGGUCAGGGGGGGUUGGUCAGGCUGCCAUUGCCAUAGCACUCAGCAAGAAAUGUAAAGUCUUCACUACAGUCGGAUCAACAGAGAAGAAGGCCUACCUGCAGGAGAGAUUCCCUCAGCUCUCAGCAGAGUCCUUUGCUAACUCCAGAGACACCUCUUUUGAACAGCACAUCCUGCUGCACACACAGGGCAAAGGUGUGGAUAUGGUGUUGAACUCUCUGGCUGAGGAGAAGCUGCAGGCUAGUAUUCGCUGCCUAGCAAGGCAUGGACGAUUCUUGGAGAUCGGCAAAUACGACCUGUCCAACAACUCCCCACUGGGCAUGGCUCUUUUCCUGAAGAAUGUGGCAUUCCAUGGCAUCCUACUGGAUGCUCUCUUUGAAGAGGGCAACCAGGAGUGGGAGGAAGUGUACCAGCUGGUGAAAGAAGGCAUUAUGGGUGGUGUAGUUCAGCCUCUAAAGACCACAGUGUUUGAGAGGGACCAAGUGGAAGAGGCAUUCAGAUACAUGGCUCAGGGCAAGCACAUUGGCAAGGUCCUCCUGCAGGUCUGUUAUGAGGAGAGGGGUGCAGCCGUCCAAACUGCUGCUCCUUUGUCUUUUCCAGCUGUUUGUCGCACCUUCUGCCUUGCCUCGCACUCCUACAUCAUUACUGGUGGACUUGGGGGGUUUGGUCUGGAGCUUGCUCAGUGGCUGACUGAGAGAGGGGCCUGCAAACUGGUGCUGACUUCCAGAUCAGGGAUCAGAAACGGUUACCAAGCCAAGCGAGUGCGUGAAUGGCAGAGUCAAGGUGUGGAAGUGCUGGUGUCGAUCAAUGAUGUCAGCACACUGGAGGGAACAGAGCGACUGAUCGCUGAAGCCUGCUCACUGGGCCCUGUGGGCGGUGUCUUCCACCUAGCCAUGGUUUUGAAAGAUGGCAUGUUGGAGAAUCUGACUCCUCAGCUUUUCCUUGAUGUUAACAAACCUAAAUAUGAUGGCACCAUAAACCUGGACAAAGUGACAAGAAAGUUGUGUCCAGACCUCAGCUACUUUGUGGCCUUCUCCUCAGUCAGCUGCGGCCGUGGCAAUGCUGGCCAAAGUAACUACGGUUAUGCCAACUCAGCCAUGGAGCGUGUGUGUGAAAUGCGCCACUACAAUGGCCUACCUGGACUGGCAGUCCAGUGGGGUGCCAUCGGUGAUGUGGGUGUCGUCCUGGAAACCAUGGGUGGCAAUGACGCUGUGGUUGGUGGCACGCUACCACAGCGCAUCACAUCCUGCCUUGAGGUGCUUGACCGCUUCCUGUGCCAGCAGCAGCCAGUGAUGUCUAGCUUUGUUCUGGCAGAGAGGAUGGUGGUAAAGGCCGAGGCAGGACGGCAGAGAAACUUGGUGGAUGCUGUAGCUCACAUUCUGGGUGUGCGGGAUGUGAACAGCCUGAACGCUGAUGCCUCACUGGCUGACCUGGGCCUGGACUCCUUAAUGGGUGUGGAGGUCCGACAGACGCUGGAGCGUGACUACGAUAUCGUCAUGGCCAUGAGGGAGAUCCGCCAGCUCACCAUCAGCAAACUGCGAGAGCUGGCUAAUAACAAGCCAGAUGGAUCAAAUGAUUCUCAUCACACUACACCUAAGAGGGAUGGCAUCCGUUCUUUGUUGGAGUCUGAUCUGACCCAGCUAUUAGUCAACCCCAACGACCCCACGGUGAUGCCACUCAACAAUGUCCAGAGCCAGGAGAGGCCACUGUUCCUGGUCCAUCCCAUUGAGGGCUCCAUUGCUGCCUUUAAGACACUCGCUUUCAAGCUUAGCGUGCCUUGCUAUGGCCUGCAGUGCACGAAAGCUGCUCCUUUGGACAGCAUCCAGUCCCUGGCAGCCUACUAUGUGAACUGUAUCAGACAGGUUCAGCCAGAUGGGCCGUAUCGAAUCGCCGGCUACUCCUUUGGUGCAUGUGUGGCAUUUGAAAUGUGCUCUCAACUUCAGACCCAGAAUUGGCCUGUGGAGUAUCUCUUUCUGUUUGAUGGAUCACACUCCUAUGUGGCAGCAUACACACAGACCUACAGGGCUAAGUUGACACCAGGCAAAGAGUCUGAGGCUGAAACUGAAGCCCUGUGUGCCUUCAUCCAGCAGUUCACUGGCAUCGAGUACAACAAGCUUCUGGAGACUCUUCUCCCACUGUGUGACCUGGAGGCUCGCGUCAACAUAGCAGUGGACCUCAUCACCUCCAACCACAAGAACAUCAGCCGUGACUCACUGCACUUUGCAGCUACCACCUUCUACCACAAGCUGAAGGCUGCUGAUGGCUAUGUGCCUACUACAAAAUACCAUGGCAAUGUGACGCUACUGCGUGCCAAAACCAGCAGUGAAUAUGAACAAAACCUGGGAGCUGACUACAAGCUCAGCGAGGUAUGUGAUGGCAAGGUGUCAGUCCACAUCAUUGAGGGAGACCACCGCACAUUCCUGGAAGGAGAGGGCGUGGAGUCCAUCAGUAGCAUCAUCCAUAGCUCGCUGGCUGAGCCACGUGUCACAGCAAGGGAGGGCUAGACAUGUCGAACCUGACCACACCCUCUACCUUCCCACUAAUUUUACAACAUUCCCAAAAUGUGUCACCUCCUCCAGUUACUUCAAGAUGUGUAGGUUUAAUUUUGUUUUAUACAGUAAAAAUAAUACAGUAAGUCUUUUGACGCAGCAUGUUUACGUUCUGUGUCAUUUUGCCCAAUGUAAAAUGACUCUCCGUAACCUAUUGGAGCUCUUAGCUGUUAUCCCCCAAUUUGGUAAUUAAAAUGUGCUAUGGGUUUUUACAGUAUGAGUUAGGUGUUCUAAGUUAUGUCUCGCUCUGUUGCCAUGUUUCAUUCAGCCUUUUAUUUAGAUUGUGGUAGGGAAACCAAUUUUAAGGAAUUUAUUUAAUCAAAAGUAGCUAUAUAGUGACUGAUAACUGAUUAAUCAUUAGUAAUUUAUAAAAUAUAACGUCUGUGUUUGUCUUUAAUUACAUCUUUUUUCUUUUUUUUUUUACAAUUUGCAGGCCAUCAUAGCAUAAUCUGAGAAAAUUAGGUAUUAUGAAAAGGUUAUGGUAAAACAUUAAAAUUAUGAAUUACACAAAUAAGUCAUCGCUAAAUGCUUGUGCAUGCUCCAGCUUCAUCUGUUAGUAUUCUUAAAAAAUCAAGCAAUAUUCAAGACUCACAGGCUUGAGUGGAGGAUACAGAUUUAACAAAUUUAGAAUAAUUUACACUAACUAAAAACAAAGCCUGAUCCUUCCCUGCUUUAUCUGUUGGCCAACUACAAAUGUCUGUUAGCAAGCAGAAACAUAAAAUAGAUUACCCCCAACAACACAAGUCAAUUCUUACUGUUUGUAUUUAAGAAAUUAGCAAAUUGUAUGUGCACAGUCUAUUCAUGAUAGCUAGGCCAGCUACUGAAUCACCUCCUCAGGUGGAACCAGUGUUUUCAGCCCAGGAGAUCUUUCAUUUUCCCUCAGAGAGUAAAUUGAUUUUACAUUCAUAGGUGUGUCUGCUGGACGGUUUUUGGCUUAUUUUUCAGACAUCACUGGAAGUAAAGUGCUGUUACAUGGAGUAACAUUAGUUGUUGCAGCCAUGCUCUAUUGGAGCUUGUCGUUUAACAUUAGUGUGAACCAUUGGAUAGUUAACAAAUCUUGAGACUGUCAGAUAACAGAUACGAUUUGUAAGGAACAGGCUACCAUAAAAUAUCACAUAUACCAACUUCUCACUUAGGACAGUUGGAUUUGGAGGCUGCUGAGUAGACCAAGGCACACUCCUGUAACAAAAUCUGUUCAAAUAGAAAAGAGCACCCUCCAAUUGGCACAACAAUCAAUAAUAGAACUACUGUACAGUUUCUAGUGUUACCAGGUAUUCAGUCCAAAAACUGCAUUACUUUAAUAAAUACAGGUAUCUGUGUUGAUGUCGGCAUGCUCAAGAAAGAGGUGAGCUGAUGGAAUACAAUCAAGAAAGUGCAGUUUGAACAAUAGCCAUGAGUUUUAAAGGCAUAUCUGAUGCCAAAUCAUCACAACUAUGGAAAAUUGUCACUGCAACAAUCAUUUUAUGUCUACUCUCAACAGUUGCCAGGGAAAAAGAACAAAUACCCGAGUCAAGUUAGAAAGUAAUUUAUCAGGAUGUCCAAAUGCAUGUGUUUGAACAGUUUGUGUCUGGAUGACACUGUUUUCAGCUCUGUUUUGGCAUUCAUUGAAAUACAUCAGGCCGCUGUGUUUUCCUGAUGAAAUAUAAUUAGGAAUCUUUGUAACCUCACCACUAUCGCCUUGAAGCACUUGAAAAUGUUAACAGCCAUCAAGCAAAUAUCCAGUAUAACUAAUCUCUCAUCCCACAGUAACCAAUAGUUAUUACAUUGUUACAUUUAUGACCAGCUGAUCUUUUUCCUGAAGUACUUCAAAAUUUAAAAAAAAAGAAAAUUUUGCAUUUGCCAGACAGAAAACGU